CUGGGCUAUAUAGGGACGCGCUCUCGCCGCCCGCCUCGCACACCCACAGCACCGGGGCCGUACAGCCGUGACCCCUCACCCCGAGCCCCCAUCCCUGCAUCCCGCGGGCUUGGCCGGGCCGGGCCCCCGCAUCCCCUCCGCCAUGAAAACCAUCAUCGCCGCGUACUCGGGGGUGCUGCGAGGCACGGGAUCGAGCAUCCUUUCUGCUCUGCAGGACUUGUUCUGGCUGUCUAAAUCCAAAGUAGAAAAACAACUGCAGAUCAUCUCCGUGCUGCAAUGGGUCCUCACUUUCCUCGUCAUGGGUAUCGCUUGCACUCUGAUCCUCAUGUACAUCCUGUGCACAGAUUGCUGGGCGAUCGCUGCUCUGUAUUUAGCCUGGCUGGUGUUCGACUGGAACACACCAAAGAAAGGCGGAAGAAGAUCCCAGUGGGUGAGAAACUGGGCUAUAUGGAGGUACUUCAGGGAUUAUUUUCCAAUAAGACUGGUGAAAACCCACAACCUGCUGACCACCAGGAACUACAUUUUCGGUUACCAUCCGCACGGCAUCAUGGGCUUGGGGGCCUUCUGCAACUUCAGCACAGAGGCCACAGGAGUCAGCCAGAAAUUCCCGGGGAUCCGGCCGUACCUCGCAACCCUGGCCGGGAACUUCAGGAUGCCCAUCCUGAGGGACUAUUUAAUGUCUGGCGGUAUAUGUCCCGUAAACCGUGACAGCAUCGACUACAUCUUGUCCAAGAACGGCAGCGGCAAUGCCAUCGUCAUCGUGGUGGGAGGAGCAGCAGAAUCCCUCAACUGCACCCCCGGGAAGAACUCGGUGACGCUGAAAAACCGGAAGGGAUUUGUGAAACUGGCCCUCCAGCACGGCGCCGACCUGGUUCCUGUCUACUCUUUUGGGGAGAAUGAAGUGUACAAGCAGGUGAUCUUUGAGGAGGGAUCCUGGGGAAGAUGGGUUCAGAAGAAGUUUCAGAAGCACAUAGGCUUUGCUCCAUGUAUCUUCCAUGGCCGCGGGCUCUUCUCAUCGAACACGUGGGGCUUGCUGCCGUACUCCAAGCCCAUCACCACUGUCGUGGGCGAGCCCAUCACCAUUCCAAAAAUCGAUAACCCAUCUCAGAAGGAAGUGGACUUCUACCACAGCCUGUACGUGGACUCCCUGAUCAAACUCUUUGACAAGUACAAAAGCAGGUUUGGUUUGCCAGAGACGGAGGUCUUGGAAGUCAACUGAAGGGACCGGCUCAUCAGCAGCUCCUUCUCUCAGAUCAGCACAUCUUCUCCGGGAAUCCAAAUUGUCAUCGUGUAUUUGAAAGCAUGUGUGGGUGUCUGUGUCUUUUUAAAGGAAGCGUUUCAAGUAUUGCUAGACCACGUGUAAAAACUGAUAUAAAAAAGAAAAGCUUUACUUUGGAUAAAUCCCAUGACAAACCUCUUUCUAUCCAGAAGAGCACAACUCCCCAUUGCUGUGAGGAUUCGGAUGGGGGAAAUGAUUGCCUUUGUCAUCUGCUGUAUAAUGCUGCUGGAUUGCCAGAGAUGGAUUAGAAGCGUUCCUGCAUCUACUGUGCAAGCUGUUUUGGGGGGAGAGCAGCAUCUCUUGGGUCUGGGGGGAAAGCAGCAUCUGUCUGGUUUCCAGCCAGCAAGCAGCGCGGUGCUUGGGUCACGAACGCAGUAUUCCCGGCGUGUUGCACAAGAGCCGUGCUGAGUCACGCUCACACAGCACGGGAGCUUUUCUGCUUUGGGAAAGCCCCUCCGCAAGCUCCAGCUGGUUGCCAGAACCCCAGGGGUGAGGUGCAAGAAUCCCAAGGACGUGAGAGCCCGGGGGGGCCUCGGUCCACACCGUGUGGGAUGCUUUGGUGGCUGGCACUUCACCACUUGUAUUUGGAAUGUCACUUUAGGAGCAGGCCUGUCCCGAGUGCUGCUUGCACAGUGGCAUACCGCAGGAGGAAUGGGACUCCUGCAUAGCCACAGGGCUCCAGGGACAAGCUCCAGGAGCAGUGGGGUGGUGCAAUGGCGUGGCCGAGCACUGCGGAGCCAUGGGGAAGCCGGUCGGGGUAAAUGCCGUGGGGCUGCUGGUGGUUUGGAACCUCAGAGCAUUUGGGGAGAGCUAGGAGUCACUUCUGCCCAAAGACGGCUUUUAAAUGUUCUGUCCAGUGAAUGUAAAGGAGUAGCCUUCUCACGCAUAGGAUCUGAAGUGAGUGGAUUUUAAAGUGUUCCUCUGAUGUUUACAUGGAUGCUAAUGCUGCUUGUAGUGAGAUUUCUUCGGAGUACAGCGUGUUUGUGUGUAAAGCUGAAACAUUGCACUACUUGCAUGUCCGUUCUGCCUUCUCAACGCUGCCGCUGUGUUCCAAGCUCUGAAAUGUGCCUUUCUUCCUCGCGAGCGGACGGUACUUCACAUUCCUGGGACCUCGCCUCCGACAAAUGGUCACCUGUCAUAUCUGAUCGACUGUUAUCUUACCGAGUUCCCAUUUUUGUACAGAUUUCUAGAAAUAAACUUGGGCAAAACCAA